GUUUAAGUUCGAAUGUUUUUCCAAGAUUAUUGUAUUGACCCAUUUCAAAUUUUCAAGUUAAUCAGACUACUUAAAGUCGGUGAAAUUCAGGUUGAAAGAUUCCGGUACACAUAUGUAAAGGUCAAGUAGAUAAAAGCGUGUAAAUCACGAGACAAACUAUGCAUACGCUCGAGUUGGUUGACGUUUAAUUGAUAAGAGGCACGGUUUUAUCACAGUAUUCACAAUUUUACUAGUUUUAUGUUUUUCCUAGGAUAAUCAAUUAUCUGUUGAUUGAUCUUAUUAGUAGUUCGAUCAUGUUUCACACUUCCUUGUCGUAAUAAUAACGUACAUACUACAUGUGAAUAUUGUCGCAUUACUGCAAGAAAACUGUACUUUGUGUGUGAAAAGCAUUGUGAUCUUUGAAACACUUGAAGUGCAUUUAACUAAAGGUCCUAUAAUAUUUUGGAGGUGUCCAGCGACCAAGCGUUUGUGAAACUGUUCGAAUCCUUGACAAAUCGGAUAACAAUCAUGUAUCAGGGCAUAUCAACUAGUUGACAUCAACCUUAAAUAAGAAGAACUACCAUCACAAAAAUGGAUUUUGCUGUAGGAGGUGCCGCGGCAAUGGGUGCGUCGAUUUUUAGCAACCCAUUUGACGUACUCAAGACCAGAAUGCAACUACAAGGAGAACUUAAGGCUAGAGGACAUCAUCCAGUGCAUUAUAGGAAUGUGGUACAUGCAGCUUGGGUUAUAGCAAGGGAAGAAGGUUUGGGUGGUCUUCAAAAAGGACUGGGACCUGCUAUGAUCAUGCAUGGAGUUAGAAAUAGUGCUAGAUUAGGUCUGUACCAGUGGUUGCACAAAUCAGGGUACUUAACAGACGAAGAAGGUAAAACAGUAUUGCAUCGUAGCGCAGUCGCGUCCGCCGUUUCAGGGGCAGCCGGAGCCUUUCUGGGUAGCCCCUUGUUUCUGGUCAAGACGCAAUUGCAGUCCCAGGCGGCUGAAAGCGUUGCUGUAGGGACACAGCACGGACACAAGGGGGCUAUAGAUGCUCUUAUGAGCAUAUACAGGAAGUUUGGGGUUGUUGGACUCUGGAGAGGAGUGGACGCAACGAUGUUACGAGCAGUAGUUGGUUCUUCGGCUCAACUCUCGUCUUUCGCCAAGAUGAAAGAUUCGUUGAAUGAAUAUGAGUUUUUCCGAAAAAACCAAGUGGUAUCUUCGCUUGUUGCCAGUAUUAUUGGAGGAGUCUUCCAAACGCUAUUCAUGCAACCUUUCGAUUUGGUUUCCACCAGGUUAUACAAUCAACCGGUGGAUAAGUACGGCAAAGGAGUCCUUUACAACGGAAUAAUAGACUGCUUCAUCAAGAUAGGCAGUUCAGAAGGAUUUACAGGGUUUUACAAAGGUGUCACAGCCAACUAUAUGAGACUUGCUCCACACGGGGCGUUGUGUCUCGUCUUCUGGGACAUUCUGAAGAAUCUACAGGUCAAAUAUUACGACAGAGCAUACUGAUAACGAUAAAAGUGCAUUUCUUACUAGUUAGUUUUUAGUGUAUAUAUGUAUAUAAUUAUAUUUUGUACAAAGGAAUAAAAGUCGAACAUUUGCGUACUUUUAA